UUCACAAAGUGUACUAUUGAUGCUAUUUCUCCCUUCUGCUAUUGAAAUAGCACAGUUGUAUAGUCGAACGUGUGAACAUCCUUUGCUAUUUGAUGUACUAUUGUGAAUGCUAUUCACCCAAUCAAUCAGCUGCUUAGCAGAAGUGAAAGUAAUACAAAAUAUAAAUAUAAACAUAAAAAUGCCUAGGAGGAGCGAAAAAAGUAAAAUAAUAGCAGCGAUUUGUCAAAAAUAUACACACGACAUCUUCAUUGUGGACGAGAGUGAUGAAGACGAGCAGGAAGAUAUCGAUGAAAGUUUCAGACUGAAUAUGCUGAUAUUGCUAAACAAUCGCCGAGGUGUCCAUUUAGGAAUUCCGAAGUCAAACCAAUGGAAGCUGAAUGUAUUGGAGCAUUUAGAUGAAAACAGAUUUUGCCAAAUGCUGCGAGUAAACCAAAUGGAGUUUGACCACCUUUUAAUCUUAGUAAAAGAUGAUGAUGUGUUUCGGAGUGAUAACAACACAAUACAGCUUCCGAUUGAACUUCAGCUUAAAAUCGUACUUUAUAGGUUGGGAUCUUCGGGUGAAGGACUUUCGAUCCGUAAAGUGGCAUCCUUAUUUGGUGUUGGAGAUGGCGGUACCAUUCAAAUCGUAACCAGGCGAGUUUUUUCAGCCAUACUCAAUUUACAAGGUAGAUUUUUAUUCUGGCCCAAUGAAAGAGAGCGUUUAAAGCUGGUUGCAGCCACAGAAAAAGAAAUGCCUGGAUGUGUUGGAUUUUGCACAAAUUGUGAUGGUAAACAAAAUCAGCUGAUCGUAUAGCAUAGACAAAUAGCACACUAAACAUACCUUUUAAAGUUGUAUUGAAAUAGCAGUAUUUGUACAUGUUAAACAAAAACAACAACUUUACAACUGUGCUAAUACAAUAGCAUGAUUAAAGAAAUACGACAAAUAGUACAUAUUGUGAACUCCCUAAUUGAAAUUGCUGAUGACGAUGCUGAAGUUUCGCAAAGUGCCGCAGAAGUAUUACCUGAUUAUGCGGACUAUGAGGAUGAUGAAGAAGAAGAAGUAGAAGAAAAUAAUGAAUUACCUGCUAGUGGCGAAAAAUUUGUUGCACGUGAUGGUACUGAGUGGAUGAAAGAAUCAAAUGUAAGUCGUCAGGUACUCAGACAAAAUAUUAUAAGAGAACGUUCUGGACCAGCUAGAUGCACUGAAAUGUUGUCAAUAGAGCAAACAUUCAAAUAUUUCAUGAACGUUGAAAUGGCUGAUAUAAUUAUGCGCCACACAAAUAAGUUAGCAAAAGAAACUUAUAAUGCUUACAACAAUGCGCAUUUUUUUGGCAUACUUAUUAUGACUGGUGCGAACCAUAGCAAUGGAGAAC